UAAACAUCCACGCCCAUAUGUCGCAGCACACAAUUCCCAUACGCUUAUCCGUCAUCAUAUCCCCUCUCCCCUCUUUUCCCUCCAUACGGCAGAGGAUUAUAGAUUAGUCUCUUGUCUUCAUGGAUUCUCUGUGAAGUGUAAGCCUUACUCUUCUUCUCAGUAAGCCCUCUUUUAAUUUAUUUUAUUAAUGGAGAAUUACUCUUAUAACUCAUACCCAGACUCCGGCAACUCUUCGCCACGGUCCCGAGAAAUCGACUUCGAAAACCCGCCGCCAUGGGACGACCAACCGCAACAUGCUCAAAAUUACAAGGCCAAGUUUAUGUGCAGCUAUGGAGGCAAGAUCCACCCUCGCCCUCAUGACAAUCAGCUGUCUUACAUCGGUGGAGAGACCAAGAUCCUAGCUGUUGAACGCACUAUCAAAUUCUCCUCCAUGAUCUCCAAGCUCUCAGCUCUUUGCGGCGGUGGCGACGGUGAGGUUUCGUUCAAGUACCAGCUCCCCGGUGAAGACCUUGACGCCCUUAUUUCUGUCACUAAUGAUGAUGAUCUCGAGCACAUGAUGCAUGAGUAUGAUCGGCUUUAUCGAGCCUCGGCUAAGCCAGCGAGGAUGCGGCUUUUCAUAUUUCCGGCGACUGACUCAGGGAAUUUCGGUUCCGAAGGGGCGAAAUCGGAGCGGGAAGGGUUCGUAGAGGCAUUAAAUUCCGGCACGACUCCGGGUGGAGUUGUGAUUCCACCAAACAAUGUGGAUUUCUUGUUUGGGAUUGAAAAGGGGAUGCCUCAACCUCCGCCGGUGAAAAUCCGUGAUCCCGUGGUGGAACCGGUGAACCCACCUCCGCCUCCGAUACCGGAAGUCGUGGGGACAGAUCAUGUUUUGAAUCCCGUUGAAAUUCAGAGACAGUUACAGGAAUUGCAAAGACUUCAAAUUCGGGAUCAAGAACAGCUCGCUAUGUAUCGAAAGAAGACUGAAGACGCUGCUUCCAUGGCUUAUACUGGGGAAUACUACGCACAGAAGAUGCCUGAAAAAGCACCGCCGGUGAACAUACCGGUAACUUUCCAACAACAUGUGCCAGCUACAGCUGGAUUCUGGUCGGAUAAACCAAUUUCUGCCGGAGGUUUCCCUGCAACCAUAACUACAAACCCCGGCCCACCUCCGCACUCUGAACAUCCAGUCUACAUGAUCCCAGCACAAGGACAUGCUCCGGCCACCGUCUACCACGCGCCUCCACAAGUUCCAGCUCCAGCUUCUGCACCAGCAACGCAACAAAUGGUUCGACCGGUAACCGGACAAGCCGGUCAAGGCUACUACACCAACGUACAGAGAAUUCCAUCCGAAGUCUAUCGGGAGCAACCCGUUUACAACAUGGUGGCACAACCUCCACCGACACAACACCCGCCAAUAUCCGGCAUGACACAGCAAAUGGUGAGGCCGCAAAGCGGAGGGGUACCAGAUUCUACAUACGCACAUAUGGCAGCGUACGACAGGCGAGUUUAUUAUACUGCCCCAGGGGGUGUUAUGGUGCCGCCUCAGUAUCAAGGCGUUGGUGUGGCGGUUAGCGGUGAAAUGAGAGGCAGCGCCGGUGCCGGCGGCGAGAUUAAAGUGGGAAAUAAAGGUUCACAAGGUUCAGUUUGAUUUUUUUUUUUUUAUUAUUAUCAAAGGUUCAGUUUGAUUGAUUAUCAAAGAAUUUGGAAGUAUAUUUCAUUAGUUUCAAUUGGUAUUACAAUACCUGUUGCUAUACUAAGUAUAAUUUAAGUUAUUUCCACUUGAAUCACUGUGUUUUUUGUUUUUUGUUUUUUUAUGCUAUACGAGAUUAUGAUUUUGUGAA